AGGAAGGACUUGAAUCGAGGAUAUCACGAGCCACACACACGGUGGUGCAACAGCGACGGUAGGGAGCGGCGUAGGAGGGGUAAAAUCGGAAAGUUCACUCCUGCAAAUCUCUUUCUCACGAAAUCUCACAAAAAAUGGUGAGAAAUGAAAUAGGGGUUCUGCUCUCUCACCAUCUCCGACCGUUUCUCACCUUCUUGUCCGUCCAAAUGUGCGAGAGAGAACUCUCUACGGUCUACCUCAGUUUCCUUUGUUUUCUCUCGAAGUCACUCCAUCCAAACCAGCUGUUACUUCUCACGUAUCUCACCCGCCUACACAAAACAAAAUCACCUGCUGAACUGAACUGAACUCCCCCUCACUUCUCUCUCCUUUCCACUCUCUUUCUCCACUUCCAGAUCUCCCUCUCUCUAGAAUGCCUCACGGCGAUGGUAACUCGAACUCGAACACAACCCCGAACCCUAACCUCAAUCCCACCAAACCCGGACGACCUCUCCUCAAGAAAUCCAAAACAAUCGCCGAUAGCACGCGGGCCCCACACUUCCCUGGCCCACUCUUCCCCGCCGUCCGCGGCGUCGUCUCCACCUCUCCACCACCACCCUCUCUCCGCUCAUUUGAUUCCGAAACUUACUCCGUAAACGGCCAUCCCUUCAGCUCCUUCCCCACUCCCUCCGCCGCCGAUCGGGAUUGGAUGUACCCCUCGUUUUUGGGCCCACACGCUGCUCGUAAUCGAGGAGUCGUCACCGUGAACAAGUCGUCCAAAUCGCACAAGCACGAGGCGUUUCGCAGCGCUUCGAUGCCGGCGAUCUCCAACGGCGGGGGAGGUGAGAGGAGGGCGGAUUCAGUGCGGACGAGUUUUCCGGCGAGGGAGUCCAAGGAAGAAGAAAUGAAGCAACUUGCGGUUCAAGGUUUGGUUCCUUCUACAGCGUCGUGUUCGUCUUCUUCCUCGCCUAGUUCAGCUACUCAUUCUGUUGCUGCUUCGAAACCUAGCAGAUUUCGCAAUAAUGGGAUGGUGUGCUUGCUAACAUUUACCUGUAUAGUAGCUGUGGCAUAUGCUAUUUGUUUGCAAAGCAAAGUCACAAAACUUCAGGAAGAGAAUUUUAACCUCCGUCGAUGGUGUAACAACAAAGAUGUUCAUAAGGACGGCAUUCAAGUUUUGGAAUCACAAAGCAAGAGUCCAUUAUUUUCUUCUCGGAUCACAAACAGUAGAACUAUAGCUCUGUAUAGUGUUUUGUUUUUUCUCAUCAUGCCAUUUGCUUCAUACAAAUAUCUUGGUUAUGUUCCACGGAUAAAGAAACUGUCAACUAGGAAAAAGGAUAAUAAGGAGGAGGUUCCUUUGAAGAAAAGAGUUGCAUACAUGGUGGACGUGUGUUUUUCUGUUUAUCCUUAUGCAAAGCUGCUUGCGCUUCUCUUUGCGACUAUAUUACUUAUAGGAUUUGGUGGCUUGGCACUCUAUGCUGUGAGCGACAGUAGCUUUGCUGAAGCUCUUUGGCAGUCGUGGACUUUUGUGGCUGACUCAGGAAAUCAUGCUGACAUUGUUGGCGCAAGGCCAAGGAUUGUAUCAGUCUCUAUUACUUCAGGAGGCAUGCUUAUAUUUGCCAUGAUGCUAGGGCUUGUUUCAGAUGCUAUCACAGAAAGAGUGGAUUCAUUGCGGAAAGGGAAGAGUGAAGUCAUUGAGAGUAACCACAUACUGAUUCUUGGAUGGAGUGACAAAUUGGGUUCACUUUUGAAGCAGCUAGCGAUAGCAAAUAAAAGUAUUGGCGGCGGUGUUGUUGUCGUACUUGCAGAACGAGACAAAGAGGAAAUGGAGAUAGACAUAGCAAAACUGGAGUUUAACUUCAUGGGAACCUCUGUUAUAUGCAGAAGUGGCAGUCCUCUUAUACUUGCUGAUUUAAAGAAGGUUUCCGUCUCAAAGGCUCGGGCUAUCAUUGUAUUAGCAUCCGAUGAAAAUGCAGAUCAGAGUGAUGCUCGUGCUCUAAGGGUUGUGCUUAGCCUAACAGGAGUAAAAGAGGGCUUGAGGGGUCAUGUUGUUGUUGAAAUGAGUGAUCUCGACAAUGAGCCCCUGGUGAAGCUUGUUGGAGGAGAACUAAUUGAAACAGUUGUUGCACAUGAUGUGAUUGGGCGUUUGAUGAUACAAUGUGCUCUGCAGCCUGGUCUUGCACAGAUAUGGGAGGACAUUUUGGGGUUUGAAAAUGCGGAGUUUUACAUUAAAAGGUGGCCUCAAAUGGAUGGACUUUGUUUUAAGGACGUACUCAUUUCGUUCCCUGAUGCAAUCCCUUGUGGAGUUAAGGUUGCCGCAGAUGGUGGGAAGAUAAUACUAAAUCCAGAUGAUAGUUAUGUUCUUAAGGAAGGUGAUGAAAUCCUUGUCAUAGCCGAGGAUGAUGAUACUUAUGCACCUGGUCCCACACCAGAGGUUUGCAAAGGUGUUUUUCCUAGGAUACAUGAUCCUCCAAAAUAUCCCGAGAAGAUACUUUUCUGUGGCUGGCGACGUGACAUUGAUGAUAUGAUUAUGGUAUUAGAGGCGUUCUUGGCUGAAGGUUCAGAAUUGUGGAUGUUUAACGAGGUUCCAGAAAAAGAACGGGAAAGGAAGUUGACUGAUGGUGGACUUGAUAUUUCAGGACUAGCGAACAUAAAACUUGUUCAUCGUGAAGGGAAUGCGGUAAUUAGACGGCAUUUGGAGAGUCUCCCGUUGGAAACAUUUGAUUCUAUAUUAAUUCUUGCAGAUGAGUCCGUUGAAGACUCUGUUGUACAUUCUGACUCGCGGUCGCUUGCAACCCUCCUCCUCAUUCGAGACAUUCAGUCAAAGCGUCUCCCUUACAGAGAUACUAAGUCUAUUCCUCUGCGGCAUUCUGGGUUCUGCCAUAGCUCUUGGAUCCGUGAAAUGCAGCAAGCUUCAGACAAAUCCAUAAUUAUAAGUGAGAUUCUGGAUUCUAGGACUAGAAACCUUGUCUCGGUCUCCAGAAUUAGUGAUUAUGUGCUAUCAAAUGAGCUGGUCAGUAUGGCGCUUGCGAUGGUAGCCGAAGACAAACAAAUAAAUCGUGUACUUGAGGAACUCUUUGCAGAAGAGGGAAAUGAAAUGUGCAUCAAACCAGCAGAAUUCUAUUUAUAUGACCAGGAAGAGCUCUGCUUUUAUGAUGUUAUGUUAAGGGGUCGCCAAAGACAGGAAAUCGUGAUAGGUUAUCGACUUCCAAGUGCAGAGUGUGCCAUAAUUAACCCUGAGAACAAAGCAGAACCUAGAAAAUGGUCCCUUGAUGAUGUUUUUGUUGUCAUUUCCCUGGGUGAAUGAGAAAGGAAAGAAGCAACACAAGUUUUGCCAAUAUCAGUGACUACUGAGUGUUUUUGCCUGACCUUAGUAAUUGGUUCUCUCAGCCACCCCAUUCCAUCACUAGAACUAGAAGAGAUUGCCACUAUAUUUGAGAGAAUGGCAAAAGCUUUCUGUCAUUUGAUCCGAUGCACAAUUCUUGGUAGUUGGAAGAACUGCCCGGACAGACAUACACAGACUGUUCAUAGUAAGUAUCCUGAUGAUUUUGUUGUUGUACAUAUAGAGAGAUUUAUUGACAACAAUAGAAUGGGUGCUUCUGGGACUACUGACGCAAAGGUGAACCAAAGCAGUCAUGUUGUUUGUAUAAAUCUAAUAAAUUUGCUUCUUGUACAACGUGGUUUACCUUCCCUAGAUUGGAGCGAAAUGUUAGGGGGAGAUCUAUUUGACUGUAUCUCGGAAAACAUUACGUUUGAAUUACCUUACGUCCGAUGAUGAUUCACAAUAAUGCACAAUGUGUCGAUGUGUGGAUUUCUGGAUAUUGGAUCUAUGUUAAAGCUGUGUUUGGAUGUUUA